AUCCGCGCCCCAGCUCCUUGCUGGUCCCUUUCGCUCCCAGGCACCCUCAGUUUGGCGCGCCCCGAAGGCCAAACGGGGCAGACGCCAGGGUUGCAGGUCCGAGACGCUCCGCCUCCUUCUGCCACUUAGAGUCACGAGCGGCAGCUGGAACCCUGACGCUCAGUCUUAAUCUGCGGUCACUUUCGGAACUUCCCAGGCAAGGAUUAGCUAGGCCCUCUGCCUCCAACCAACGCCGUGCCUGCCGCCUGCCUGGGACACCACCAGGACCGGGAGAUCCCGCUCGCCCCCCGCCCCCCGCCCGGGCACCGACGCCCCAACUUUUUACGCGCGGUCUGCGCCCGGCGACUGGGUGUCUGGCUCCUGUGCUAAGGGGCGUGCGCACCUUCCGGGUGCCGGCAGCGCUCCCAUCCUCUCGGCGGGCCCUCCUCCCCCCCAGGAACGACUGUGGGCCUGAUGAGCCGGGAUCUGCAGGGCACUGGACUCUUCCUGGGGCUCUGAUUUCGCCCCCGCCUUCCAAUCCAUCUUCGACGUCGGGACUGAGCCUCAGGCGGCCAGGCUUCUUACCCCAAAAGUCGAGGCGGCCUUGUCUUUUUCUUUCCGAGCGCGGGUGCCUGUGGCAGAUCGGCCGGGCGCCCGGGACCGCGUCGCGCCGUCGGGUGCAGCGCGCACCAUGGCCGGCUGCUGCUGCUUGUCGGCGGAGGAGAAGGAGUCGCAGCGCAUCAGCGCCGAGAUCGAGCGGCAGCUUCGCCGGGACAAGAAGGACGCGCGCCGCGAGUUCAAGCUGCUGCUGCUGGGAACUGGUGAAAGUGGCAAAAGCACCUUUAUCAAGCAAAUGAGAAUCAUCCAUGGGUCUGGUUACAGCGAUGAAGAUAGAAAGGGGUUCACGAAGCUGGUUUACCAAAACAUAUUCACCGCCAUGCAAGCCAUGAUCAGAGCCAUGGACACUCUGAGGAUACAGUACGUGUGUGAGCAGAAUAAGGAAAAUGCCCAGCUAAUCAAAGAAGUGGAAGUGGACAAGGUCUGCGCCCUGUCCAGGGACCAGGUGGAGGCCAUCAGGCAGCUCUGGCAGGACCCAGGAAUCCAGGAGUGUUACGACAGGAGAAGGGAGUACCAGCUGUCGGACUCGGCCAAAUAUUACCUGACUGACAUUGACCGGAUCGCCAUGCCGUCGUUCGUGCCAACACAGCAAGACGUGCUUCGCGUCCGAGUGCCCACAACCGGCAUCAUUGAGUAUCCGUUUGACUUGGAAAACAUCAUCUUUCGGAUGGUAGAUGUUGGUGGCCAGCGAUCUGAAAGACGGAAAUGGAUUCACUGCUUUGAGAGUGUCACCUCCAUUAUUUUUUUGGUUGCUCUUAGUGAAUAUGACCAGGUCCUGGCUGAGUGUGACAAUGAGAACCGCAUGGAGGAGAGCAAAGCCUUAUUUAAAACCAUUAUAACCUACCCCUGGUUUCUGAACUCGUCUGUGAUUUUGUUCUUAAAUAAGAAGGAUCUUUUGGAGGAGAAAAUCAUGUACUCUCAUCUAAUUAGCUACUUUCCAGAAUACACAGGACCGAAGCAGGAUGUAAAAGCCGCCAGAGACUUUAUCCUGAAGCUGUAUCAAGAUCAGAAUCCUGACAAAGAGAAAGUCAUCUAUUCUCACUUCACAUGUGCUACAGACACGGAGAACAUCCGCUUUGUGUUCGCUGCUGUGAAGGACACGAUUCUCCAACUCAACCUGAGGGAAUUCAACCUGGUUUAG